AUGGCAGGAGACAGGGGCAGGACCCAGAGCACGACAGCAAUGAACAGAACCUCAGCUGAACAGUGGGACAUAGAAUCAUUUAGUUUGGAAAAGGCCUUUAAGAACCUUGACUCCAACUGGCGCUGCCCCCCGCGCUGGGGGCCUCUGGCGCUGCGGGCGGCGGGCGGGUGGUGGGAGCCGCCCGUCCCCCGCCGCCGGUGCAGCGGCUCGGCCGAGGCCGGUGGCCGUAAGCCCCUUCAGGAGUGGGUGCUGGCGGUCAGCCCGCGGGGGCGGCUGCGGGUGCGGCUGCCCUGCCAGGUGAGCGUCCGCCCGCUGGACCCGCAGCGCUACCCGGGCGCGGCCCGUGUGCUGGUCGCCCUCAGCGGCGCCGGCGGCAGCCCCCCGCCCCGCGGCCUGCAGCGGGACCGCCUGCGGGUGGAGUACGACGAGGCGCUGGAGCAGAUGGCGAUCGUCGCGGACGGCGUGGACAGCAAGGCCACCGUGGACGUCAGGACGCCCGUCAAGUUCGAUUUGGAUAUCAAAACAUCAGGGACUGGCUGCGUGAAGAUUCAGAAAAUAGAAUGUGAUAACUGCAAAAUAGAAACUGAGAAGGGGACUAGUGUCUUGCAGUCAAUAAAGAGCCAUAAAAUCGAUAUACGGACAAACGGUGGCAAAGUAAUUGGUCUUGGAACACUUUAUGGAAAUACAGAUAUUUGUGCAACAGAGAAGGGUAGUGUGAGUAUAGAGAAGCUGCAGGGGACAUCCAUCAACAUAUCUACUGAAGAUGGGGUGCUGAAAACUAAAUAUCUCUAUGCAGAAUCAUCAUCUCUGUCUUCAGUAGCUGGUGAUAUCCUGCUGGGAAGUAUUCAUGGUAACACCAGCCUUCAGACCAAAACAGGGAGUAUUACAGUAGAUUCAUCAGAUGGAAGUCUAAAAGCUUCUACACAUCAUGGGACGAUAGAUGUUUACGUCAGUCAAUUAAGAAAAGUGGAUCUGAAAUCCCAGAAAGGCUCAAUUAUAGUCAAGGUACCUGCCUCUCUCAAAGCCUUUUUACAGUUAUCUGGAAGAAAAGUGGAUGUGAGCUCAGAGAUCCAAUUAAAAGAAACACAGAGUGCCUCCAAAGAUGAUCACGUAACUAUAACUGGUCACAUGAAUCAAAGGAAUGAAACAGACAAAUGGAUAAAGGCUGACACACAACAUGGCAAGGUGUAUCUUAAAAGCCAAAGCUGGAUCCAGUCUGUGAAGCUGAAGAAUUGUUAAAGGUGAAAUAGGCCAAAGAGAUUAAAUAAGGAAAUUGUAAAGGAACAUUUCUGUAAAAUUAUGAAAGUUGAAUGUAUAUUCUUAAUAUGAGAGAAACAAUAUUUUAAAAGGGCAUUUUGGCCCAAGAUUUGCCUGUGACAGUGGCCAGUGUUUAACAGGCCAGGUUUAUUUUCAGUGCCUUUUAGGAAUGACAAUAUUCAGAUACACAUACUCAUCAUACAUAACCUGACACACUUACCAUGUCGGUUUAAAAGCUGGUAACUUUCAAACAAAAGUUGGGGUCAUAUUUUAAAAUAAAAGCAUUUUCAACCUCUCAUAUUUGAAAACACAAAAAUCUACUUCCAAGAUGGCACGCUGUGCAAGCUGGUUUAUAUUUUAAAAUUAAAUUUCUUAGCAAUGUGGGAAUUAUACUAGUUCAUGCAAAAUGCAGAAAAUUUUCUUCAAAUUAUUUGUAUCAUGGAUAGGAUAAAGCCACUUUCAGAACUGUAGUUCUCAUUUAGUCUUCUCAUUUGGCAUUUGACCUCUAAGCACUUUCUGUCUUGUCAACGGGUACUCUGUGUGUAAGUGAAGUGGGUACUUACAUGACAGAAAUGACAGAACUUGCUUUGUGCCAGCCUGAACCACUUGUUUGUGGAUAGGAAUAAGAACUCUCGCUAUGUCUACCACUGUUCGUCUGCAAAGAAAAGCUUUUAAAAUAAUACUGGUAAGUGCAGAUCUGGCUGAUACCAAGGAGGAACACUCUCCCAACUGAACUUCAGAUGAGUCCACAUGAACAUUCCCCUAAGGUAAAAGCUGCCAAAGAAUGGGAGUAUUGGCCUAAGAACCGAGAUCUGUCACCUGUUUGCUACAUUUCCAGCGCCUUCCUGUCAGCCUUGCAUGGCAGGACGGUAAGGGCUGUACGCUCUUGGAGGCAGAGAGGCAGAGGAGUGCGGUGAGGGAAGUACGUGUGCCCUGUACAAGGGUAUACGUGGCUUUUGUGGAGGAUUAUUGUGUUACCAUAAUACAAACACACAGUAAAGGGAGGUUUAAAAGCCUUUCCAUACGUAUAGGUGGCACUUUAUAAAAGUAGUACUGGAAUUUGUCUUUAAAAUUGAAAUGUAAGGAUUCUUGCCAACUGAGUGGAUGGAGCAUAGCAAAGAAGAGUUCAGCGUCAGCUCAGGUUUUAAGUUGUGCAUACGUAUGUUUGUACUUUACAUCAUAUUGGUACAUUACGGGAUGAACUUCUCCUUACAGGAUUUUGCAAGAGGUGUAAUUGCCCCUGGCUAAUGGACUUCAAUAAUCAAGGGCAGCAUUUUUACUGUAAUUCAGGGUGGUUAAAAACUCCACGUUGUUUGCCAUUGUGUGUACUGUUUGUUUGGAUGAGGUGGGCACUGAUGUAUAUGGCAAACUAUAUGUAUUUUUAAUGUAAACACUAAUAUAUAAAACAUUACUAAUAUUGUUACUAAAAGCAAUAUAUUAGUAGUUAUUAUUUGAUAUUAUUAUUAUACUUUUUAAAGAUACAAAAUUAAUAAAUGUGUAAUGGUUUUAGAUUACCUGAAAAAACUUUGAAACUAACGAUUCCCGUGCACUGCUGUAGAUGAAGUGAAAGAAGCACUUCUAAAUUCAAACUGCAUUGAAAAAUAAAAGCAGUGUAGUGGAUAGUUCACAAAAUCGA